AUGGACAAUGGAAAGUUAAAUGGGGUUGUGUUCAUAGAUAUCAAAAAGGCAUUUGACUCUAUAAACCAUCGCAUUUUGUUAAAUAAAAUGAAUGAGCAAUUUGGAAUUUUUGGCGUAGAAUUAAAAUGGUUUGAGUCAUAUUUAACAAAUAGAGAACAGCAAUGUAAUGUUAAUGGAGAAUUAUCUAGUAAUAAAAUUAUCACCUGUGGAGUGCCCCAGGGAUCUAUACUGGGACCACUGCUAUUCCUAUUAUAUAUUAAUGAUUUGCCCGAUUGUUUGAAAUCAACUAAUGCAUGCAUGUACGCGGAUGAUACUCAAAUCUUUUCAUCUUCCUACGAUGCAAAUGAACUUGUUGUAAAUUUAAAUUCAGAUCUUGCCCAUGUCUGUAACUGGCUUAAAGAAAAUAGGCUGCAGAUGCAUCCAUCAAAAU